AUGAAAAAACUCUAUUCUUCAAUCAAACCGUCAGUGCCUUUGUUGACGACUACUUCAAGAGCUGAAGGACUGAUCGGUUGUAAAUUUCAAAGAUCUUCUCGCCGCAACUUUCAUCAAUCUGUUUCUCCUAUGAAACAUUUACAUCAUCAAACGAGUAGUCCGAAUGUAUUAUCGGAUGAAUGUAGACUUCUUUGUAAAAUAGUAGCCUUUGCAACGAAAGGAGAUUAUCAUGCAUUGAGUGAUGAAUUUCAAGGAUUGUUGGAAAUGAAUGAUCAGAUUGCAGCCAAUGCUCAUACUCAUCAUCGUCAACAUGAAGAACAUUCAAAAGCCUAUCAUUGUAAAAUAUUAAUUCCGAUGGCUGUAGAACUUGUCUCUCAAACUCAUGUCUUCAUUGGCUUUCCUAAAGUGUUGAACGCUUUGUCUGCCAUGAAAAAGACUUUUAUUGGUAGUAGUAGUAACGAUAGGCAUCAUCUCACACGAAAUGAAAAUGAUUGGCUUCAUCUAUGCACACCAUUGGACGGUGAUUUGUUAUUCAAGAGUGUUUUUGUUCGUGAAGAGCUUGGAGUUGAAGCAAUGAAGCAAAUUUAUGGAGAAAAGAAUUAUCUGAAAUUGGUAGAUAAGACUUUUUCUCUUCAUCCUAUUUUGCAUCAACUAUUAGUCACUCAUGGUUACGGAAAUGUAUUGCAAAAUAGAUUUCAUGUAUUUCUUGCAUUGAGAGAGCUGUGCUCAGUUGUGAGUUUGUGUUAUUCUGCUGACACGACAGCUCCACAAUUAGUUGCUCAUAUGAAAGGAUUUUCUCGAGUGUACUCGGUCGAUGAGAAAGAUUACACAAUUCACAUCAAGAACAGAAACACUCAUACUCAAUUAGGCACCUCAGAUAGAGAUUUAAUUGUUAAAGGUUGUUUGAGAGACGCCUUUGAUUUAGCGUCAGAAAUUUAUGGAAAAGAAACAACCCAACAUAUGGGAAAACUUUGGGAAAAUUAUGAAACUUCAAAGUACACUCUUUAA